AUGAUUUUUAAACAUUUUCGGAUCUAUAAAAAUAUUUGCUUCUGUCGCCAUUCAUCAUCACUAUCAACAAUAUUUGCUUUAGCAACUGGUCCUCAACUACGCAGUGGUGUAGCUAUUAUUCGCGUAUCCGGUUCGUUGGCAACACAAUCAUUGUUAAAAUUAACAAGAGAAACUAAGCUAGAAAAGUUUAAACCCAAACAAUUAUAUGUAGGAAAGAUUUAUCAUCAUAAAACAAAUGAUUUAAUCGAUCAAUGUAUGACUGUAUGGUUUAAAGGGCCAAAAAGUUUUACAGGCGAAGAUGUUGUCGAAUUUCAUAUUCAUGGAUCAAAAGCUGUUGUAGGUGCAAUAUUUUCAGCGCUUAGUUCAUUUCCAAAUUAUCGUCUAGCCGAACCUGGUGAAUUUAGUAAACGAGCUUAUUUAAACGGUCGUUUGGAUCUAACUGAAGCAGAAGGUUUAAUUGAUUUAAUUAAUGCUCAAACUGAACAACAACGUAAACAAUCAUUAUAUCAAAUGCAAGGUUCAUUAAAAGAACUAUAUGAACGUUGGCGAUUAGAUUUAGUCAAGUCUUUAGCACAUGCUGAAGCUUAUAUUGAUUUUCAUGAAGAUCAACAUAUUGAAAAUGAUAUUUUGUCAGAUGUUAUUAAUACAGUUAAAGCAGCUUAUAAUGCCAUGUCAAUACAUUUACAAGAUCAGCGUCGUGGAGAAAUUUUACGUGAUGGUUGUCGAGUUGCUAUUCUAGGCGCACCUAAUGCUGGAAAAAGUUCACUACUGAAUAUUUUGACACAAAAACCAACAGCGAUUGUUUCACCUAUUGCUGGCACAACACGAGAUGUUAUCGAGUCAACAAUCGAUUUAGGUGGAUAUCCAAUAGUGAUUUGUGAUACAGCAGGUUUAAGAAUAACAGAUGAUCCCAUUGAAAAUGAAGGAGUUUUAAGAGCUGUUGAUCGAGCAAAUACCUGUGAUCUUUUGAUUAUUGUUGUUGAUAUUAAUAUGUUAUCUCUUCAUGAUAAUCUAAAUGAACAGAUCGAUAAACAUUUAUCUGAUUUAUUUACAAUAAAAUCAUCUUCAUUUAAUUCUCUAACAAAAUUAAUUCUAUUGAAUAAAAUUGAUUUAACCAAUGAAAAUAUUCGACUGAAAUUUCAACAAUUAAAUGAUAAUAUUAUACCUAUAUCAUGUACUUCAGGUGUUAAUAUAGAAGAAUUUCUUUCGAAAUUAACUAAAUCAAUUGCCGAAAAAUGUACUGAACCAUCAUUUACAACACCUUAUUUAACGAAUGAACGUCAUCGAAUGUAUUUAGCACGCACAGUUGAUGACCUGUCAAUGUUUCUAACAUUUAUUAACAAUAAUCAAGAUCUCGUUCUAGCUGUUGAAUAUCUUCGUCUUGCUAUUCGAUCACUUGGCACAGUGACUGGUGUUGUUUAUACAGAAGAAUUACUUGAUGUUAUUUUUCGUGAUUUUUGUAUUGGAAAAUAA